AUGGAAAUCUCUACAACACUCAUCUCCGGGAAUGAAGAUGAGACUGCGGUGUUUGCUGAGAGCUACAGUGGCGAUUUUUCUUUAGUUUUUCGAUUCAAUCUCGGCAUCUCCCAGCCGCUCAGCACCAGCAGCCGCAUAGUCGCUUGCUUUCACGAGAUCGAAGUCGACGACGAGAACAAGACAUUUUCGGACCGAGAAUCCAUGCGCCAGGGAAUAUACGAUUUAAUAUCGCACGUUUGGCCUCUCUGCGCAUCAAACCCUUCACUCCGCUUUCCUGAUGCCAUUGUACACAUCCAGCAAGAUGAUCACGGUGAAACGACUUUCAGAAUCUCUCACGAGAGAGUCUUUCGAGAUUAUCUCACAAGUCUUUUGCCUAUUUCUUCCAUCAAAGAUUCUCUGAUCCCACCAGCUCGGACGACCGAACUGCACUGUAUAUCACUUGAGUCUCUUCGGUUUUCCGAUAAAUUAGGUGGACGUGGAGGGACGACUCUCACUCGUUUGAAAGAUCAGAAGGCUGGUGGAGCAUACGUCUAUAAAGGACUAAGUUUCCGCUUGUUCCUGGAAGGCAAUACAGUGUAUAAACCCGAGCGAGAUAUAUUCUAUCGUGAACUCGGGGUCGUCUACUCUCUACCCAGUCAUCCAAACAUACUAUGUGCUCCACCCUUCCUGGUUAUCACAGGGUUACCUCGAUCCGUAAAUCAUGGCAUUGCAGAAAAAGUCGACCUCGUAUGCGGAACGUUGUAUCCAUAUCUCGAGCGCCAAUCAUUGCAAGAGGUAAUCAGUCGAAGCAAUGAGAAUCACUCAAGCCUCCCCCUGGCAACAAAGGCGAAAUGGGCGUGUCAAAUUUCAUCAGCAAUGGCUAUUGUGCAUUCAUCAGGGCAGUACCAUAUGGAUUUGAAGCCAAGCAAUAUGCUUCUGAACAACGAAGACGACGUCAUUAUCAUUGACUGGGAGCAAUGUGGUGCGUCACCCUUCUUCCUUGCACCGGAAGCGGACGGCUCAUGGGACGUCGACGUCUUCAUAAACGCCGAGAAAGAAAGAAUGGUUUAUCGAAAGUUCAUAGGCCCACUAUGUGAUGAUUUUGGGGCUUGGCCAAAGCGGAAUGUAUUCCAAUUGUGGCAGCUUGAAUGCCGACGAGCGUUGGAGGCUGCAGAGGUCUACAGCGUAGGGCGGAGUUUGUGGGUGAUCUUUGAGCAGAGCGAGGACGUGUGGUCUUACGACAGGAGACCGCCAGAGGCAAAGGAAGUUGCGUGGACCCAGAGAAGUGAGAGUGUGCCAAAAGCGUGGAAGGAUUUUGUUUCUCGAUGUUUGAGCCCAGAUCCAAACGAGCGGCCAAAGUUCGAGCAGGGAGAAAGGUUUUGGAGACAAGAAUUUGUACCUAUAGCUUUCAAGGAUUGA